AUGCUCCACACCGGUCUUUUUACGAUUACGCGGAACAUGAUGGCUCAUAUUGGUCACGGUUUGAGACAACGGACACGGGAGUGUCGACACGGACAUUGCUUUCACGUUGGGUCAAGAGGGGCGCGGAGGAGUCGCGGGCCAGACGGCUCCUGUAUGACGAUCGCUGACUCUAUCUAUGGUGCUGUCGCUACCACUCAUGGCCCCGCGCGGGGUGGCGGAGACUUCGAUUAUAAAAGGGUGCACCAAACAUUGUCCCGGGCGCAGCGCUUCCGAGCCGAGGCCGACCACGGGGACCAUGGCGCCCCUCGGGCCGCCCCGGAGCCCUCACCGUGGCGUGCGCGGCCUCUGGCGCAGAGCAUCGCGGCGGGGGAUUCCAGGGGCGCGGGGGGACCAGCGGCCGGUGCCGGUGCGGGCAGGACGGCGGAGCCCGAGGGCGCGGCGGGCGUCGUGGCCCUCGUCGGCGCGGUCGCGGAGUGCUCCCGGCUCCGAGCUCUGGACCUGAGGGCCUCCUCGCUGACGCACAGUGCAGCUUGCGAGCUGGCCUUGCUGGUGGGGGGCGAGCGUUGCCAGCUUGUGUCGCUGAGCCUAGCGGAUUGCUUCCUGGGCGAGGCGGCGGUGCCAGUGCUGGGCGCGGUGCAGACGAACCGUGGGCUCGUCAAGCUCAAUCUGCGGCUCAACGCCCUAUCAGAUCGCGAAGGCAUCCCCCUCUGCAACGCCCUGCGCGAGUCCAUCUCGCUUACGGACGUGGAUCUGGCGUCAAACGACCUCUCCGAUGACUUCGGGAUGAACUUCGCGAGGGUGCUGUGCACCAACGACAUCCUCUGGAGAGUCGACCUCGCGCGAAAUCCGCUGGGGUCGACCGCGGGCGACGCGAUCCUGGAAGUGCUGAAGAGGAGGAAGGUAGGGCUGGUGAGCAUCGGGGACACCACGAACAGCCUCUUCGGCCUCGGCCUGCAGAACCGACGGCAGAUCCAGCGCUUCCUGGACGAGAAUUCGAAUGCGUUCGGGGGACCCCUGAAUACGGGGGAGGAGGAAGAGGUGAACGGCCUGUGCUUGGGAGACUUCGAGUGGAGCAUACUGGAAGACUUGCCGAGGCGCCGCGAGGAGGCCGCCGCCGCGGAGCGCGCGGAGGCGGCGGCCGCCGAGGCUGCCGAGGCCGAGGGGCUCGCCAGGGAGGAGCGCCGCAAGGAGAAGGAGGCGGAGAAGAAGCGGCGGCAGAAGGAGAAGCUGAGGGCCAAGAAGGACGAGCAGCGCGCCGAGCAGGCCAGGCAGCAGGCCGAGAGAGACCUCCAGGCCGCCAAGGCCGCGGCGCCCGUCAGGUGCGCCAUGUGCGGCGAGGGCCUGCUCGGCCAGGCCUUCGAGGCGAUGGGGGAGAGCUUCUGCAGCACGGCGUGCGUGAGGUGCGCGGCCCAGGAGUCCUGCUGCUGCCCAGACGUCCUGGACCUCUGCGGCAGGCUCCUGCGCCGGGUGAAGAGCUGUGGGCGCGAGGACGAGCGGGAGAAGUACGAGAGGACCAUCCGGUUCCUGGCGUCCGUGCCCCUCUUCAAGAUGCGGCUGCCGCCCUCGGAGCUGCCCCUGGUGGCCCAGGCGCUCCGAGAGAAGUGUUGGCGAUCGGGGUCGAGGCUGGUGAAGCAGGGCGACAUGGGCAGCUCGUUCUUCCUCGUCUGCUCGGGCCACGCCUCGGUGCUCCACGUCGACGAGGACGGCCACGAGCACGAGAGUGCCGUGCUCGGCCCGGGGGACUGGCUGGGCGGGCACACGCUCGUGGCCGAGCGCCCCAACAACAUGACGGUGCGGGCCCGAGGC